UCAGAUUUCCUGUGCGCACCUGGUCGGGCUCUCCCACACGCACAUGAACACACGCCUGGUGCUGGGGACGAUGCUGCCGUGCGAGUAGGCAGGUGGAUAAGAAGCAGAUCUACUGAGGACAGAGGAGGCGAGGCGAGGAGGAGACGCAGGACCAACAGAGAGGAAAACACACGGGAGGCGUCGUGAAAAGACACUUUCGGGACUGAUCGCUGACGGAUGAAUCGUAAUCGUUGGAAUUAUGGGGAGACGCGUGCAUGUGUGCCCGAGUUCACACUCCUGAUCCUACACAGGCUCCAUAGACGCUUUUUAAAAGCAACAGGGGGAUGCGGGGCCUCGGCGCCGAAGGAUGGCGGAGAUGGACGCCUCGGUUCCGUCUCGUCAUCUUCUGGCUCCUGCUGCUGGCGGCCGCCGCGCCCAGAGCCGGGGGCUUUUUCCUGGGGGACACUAAGGCGGUGUUAAACGGCUGCGAGGAGCACUGGACCCUGCAGGACAGCGGCGCCGUGCCGUCCCUCUCUCAGAUGACUUUGUGCGUCGACGUCCGGGCGGUCGUCCCCGGGGCCUGGGUGGCGUUCUCCUACAGCUCGGCCCACGCGCCGAGCCCCGAGCUGGGUCUGGAGGGAGAUGACGAGGCCCUCUACGGGUGGCUGCUGAGGGUCCGGCACCGGUUUCCCAUCCGACUGUCCCCGGGACACUGGCACAGGGUUUGUCUGAGGAGGGACGUGCAUCGCAACUCCUUCAGCCUGGAGGUCAACGGGACACUGGUGGCCGCGAGGUCGGUCUUCGCUCAGGCCGCGCCCCCCAGCGGCUCCCUGUGGCUGGGCUGCAGCCCCAGGGGGCGGCCCCCGGGAGCCGUGCUCGGGCGGGUGGAGCUCUACCUGUUCCGCGUGUGGGCCGACCUGGAGCCCCGCGGCCCCUGCGAGGACGGCACCGUGGUUGGCUGGAGUGCCCGGUACUGGGCCGUAACCAGUCCCGCGGCCCUUCAGAGGGACCCCAGCCUUCUGUGCGGUGAGGCGGACAAACAGGAGCUCUUCCUCGUCUCUCCCGUAGCGCUGGGAGGAGGCUUUUUCUAG